GUUUACACAAACGCAAAGCCCGCCAUUCAAGAAAGGAACACGGUAACAGCGCUCCGGUUUGUGUGGUUAUCCUGCAUCAAAUCUUCAAAAGGACCUCUUCCUAGGGAAGCGAAAACGUAGUGUUUUUGUGAGUUUUGUGAGCGAUCUUUCUAAACCAAGAGCUAAUAGCUCCAAAAAGCGAGCCUUUCGAACAGUUGUAAGCCAUCCGACACGCGACCGGAAGUGACAGUUGAACGCGUGAGGCAAUUUUCGAGUCUUCGACAUGGCGUACAAGCUGGUUUCGUGCAGCGCCUGCCUGCUGGUGGCGCUUUUCGUGCUAAGUGCGGUGGACGUGUCGCGGCAAGCGUCCCUUUCCCUGCAGGUCUUAUCGCGCGGAGGACGAUCGGUGCUGAACCAAACGCACAACAGCAAGCUGUGCGAAGGCAACACACCGUGCGGUUGGGGUGUGUACGAUCCCUCCACAAGGGUGAUAGAAAACUUCAUGAAAAACACAUGUGACUGCGAAAAUAUGAAGCAAUGCGUGCGCACGGACGACGAUGUCUCGAUCAGUGCGUACGUGUACCGCUGUCGAGAGCCUAUGGUGCCAGUGAAGCCUGCGCCCGAAUCCUGAUCAGCAAAUUUUGACACUACUCUGUAUUGAUCCUUUUGAGGAGAAACGGCCCUCCACAGGGACGGUGUGCCCAUCGCGAGCAAACAUUGUGUAAUUAUUAAAUGCCUAAAUUACUAACCUAUGAUUACUGCACACCAUAAACACCGCCGGACGACGGUGACCCCGUGGCA